GGGGGGGGGGGGCGCGUUGUAAACAUAGCAAAGUCUGUAUGUAGAGUUCUGUGAAGGCGCAGUGACGACAAAGGCCCACACAGACUAUUUGGUAGUAGCGACCAAAUUAGUAGUAUUUGGGCUCAGCUAGAUUCAAACUAUUAUGGAGUCUUCUGGUGGCUGUCCUUCGGUUGCUAGUAGAGAGAUAUCCUGAAAGCCAAACCACAGCACUUGAGCCAAUAUCUGCUUCUAGAAACUGAUAGCAGCUUUGUCAUUCUCACUAGCCAUUGAACCCAUACCUCUGCUUACUAUUAAUAAAUAAAUCUUUCCUGAACCUGAUGUGCUCUGGGGUGGCAAAAGGGGAUGAGGCGGGCAUAAUGCUCGAUUCAUUAAGCGUGACAUCACCGCUGUCCCAACGGGUCGAUCGAACAUAUAAACAUUGGCAUCCAUCUGGGUCAAACAACAUGUAAACAUCUCAUUGAGGCUAACACAGUAGUCAUUCGGCAUUUAAUCAUGUCAUCUGAAAUUCCAGAUAUUCCUGAACUGAAGCGCGCCGUGGAAAGCGGCCAGCGCAUUGACCCAGAGGAUGUCUCUGCUUUGGCGCAGAACGAGAGCGAAUUGACCGGUGGUGGGCCGAUCAGAGGUGGAGCAGCAGCGACGGCACAAAGCCUUGCAAUGAAGCAGAUGAAUUUCGAUGAGAAAUUGGAGGCUUUAUCGCGAAAGCCACAGAGCCACAUUACACAGGAGGAUGCUCGAGAACUCCACGCGGCGGAGGGUCGCGCCUUCAACAAGGCACCUGGUCCUGGGUCCGUCUCUGCGCAGGUCCGAUCGAUAGCAGACCGUAACGAGGCCCUUGGGGUCCCUGCUAUACCAGGAGAUGCUUCUGUGUACAUUACAAAGGAUGAUGCGAGGGAGGCUCAGCAUGCUGAAUCGACAAUAUAUGGCGGAAAAAACCCUCGCGGUGGGAUUGCGGCAGAGAUGCAGAGUGCUGCUGACAAAACCGAACAUGCAUAUCGGGGCUAA